AUGCGUCUAUUAGCAACGCAAUCACACGUCGUACAUGGAUAUGUGGGUAAUAAAGCUGCGACUUUCCCCCUACAAUGCUUAGGAUGGGAUGUCGACUGUUGUAACAGCGUCCAAUUUUCCAAUCAUACUGGCUAUGGAUUGGAUAAAGUUAGAGGUAAUGCAACUACGGAAUCACAAUUAGAUAAUACUUUACAGGGAGUCAUACAAAAUUUCCCCCAUGAUUAUGACGCAUUAUUAUCUGGAUAUUUACCACAUGCAGAAUCAAUAAGACUUAUGGGAUGUCAUUACGCUGAGUACAAAAGACAAAAUCCUCAUGCGCUCUGGCUAUUAGACCCAGUCAUGGGAGAUGAAGGUGAACUAUACGUUUCUGAAAGUGUUGUGCCGGAAUAUAAAAGACUAAUAUUUGGACCGGAUGUAGGAAUCGAUAUUAUUACGCCCAAUCAAUUUGAAUUAGAACUUUUACAUGGCUCUCCGGUAACAACUCUAUCAGAAUUGAAUGACGUAUUACAUGGGAUGCACAGAUUUAUUCCCAUAAUUGUAGUUUCUUCAUUGGACACUAGGUUGUUUAAUGAUCCCAAUAACAUAUUUAUAGCCGCCUCUCAAGCUGGCAAACCGCCAGUGAUCCUCCGAGUUCCUCUAAUAGAUUCUUAUUUCACAGGUAUUGGUGAUAUUUUUUCAGCACUUUUGAUAGAUAGGAUUUACAAGCAACGCGAUGAGUUGAAUCUGGUUUCAUGCGUUAACGAUACACUUAACGUUGUGCAAGACGUAUUGAAAGUGACAAGAGAUCAUUCUCCUCGAGGCGUUACAAUGGGAUCAACGUUAAUGAAAGAAUCAGAAUUAAAGAUCAUUGAAUGUAGGGAUUUGUAUGAAGGUCCUGGCGAAGAACAAGGACUUCAAUUUAAGUAUAAAGUUUUGUAUUAG